AUGGACGCCCUAACCCUCUACACCCUCAGCACAUCCGGCUACCUAACCCUCCAGUCGACGCCCCUCCUCCUAACCCCCCGCCUGAUAACCUCCCUCCUCACAACCACCACCACCUCGACCCCACAAUGCACAACCGACCUCGAAACCUACCUCUCCCGCACCCUCGCCCUCACCCUCCUAACCCUCGCGGCCCUAAACCUCAUCUUGACGGGCGUUUUACCCUCCACAACCUCCCUUUCGACGAAAGACGACGAGAACGGAGUCGGGACUGGCUUGAAGAAUCCUUAUGCGUAUCCGACAGUCACCAUCACGACCACAUACCACGCCCUCAGCGCGUUUUAUCUCUACACCAACAUCGCGAGUCCACGGGGUGGGUUGACGUUCGGGUUUGGGGCCGGGUUGACGCUCUCCGCCGGGUUGUUCUGUCUCGGGUUGUGGGUGUUGUUGUUUGGCGGGGAGAAAGGCAGGGUGAGCAAGACGACGGGGGCGGAUAAGAGGACGGGAAAUUUUCCUUUUGAGAAUAAGGAGUCGAGUCGGGAGAAGAAGAAGGAGAGUAGUGGGAAGAGGAAGAGUGUUAGUUCGAAGUUGAGGUAG